AUGGGGUUCGCCUCAGCGCCUCCGGCGCCGCUGAUUGGCGGCGGGGCCGAGUGGCAGCGGGCCGGGCGGCCUAUCCACCUGCAGGCCCACUCAGUGGCGGAGUGGAAGGACGGAUUGUCGGAGGCGAUGCAAUCGAUGCCCGCAGAUGCCGUGCAGCAGCUGCGCCUGCUUCCAGUGAACGAGUGGAAGGCGUUGGGACAGCUGCAAGUGGCCGGCUUCGCCACAAAGGCGGAACACGACGCCCAAAGGCACCAAGAAGGGCAAAGCUGGGACACCAGGCAGAGCGAAGGCGACGGCCGCGGCCCUGGAGUUCGCCUCCAGUCGCCUUGCAGGCCCGAAGGCAACGGGCCGGCCUUGCCGUCGCAAGGCGAACCCAGGCAGUGUGUCCUGUGCGGCGCCUCCAACACCCCGCAGUGGAGGAACGGACCGGCAGGCCCCCGGACUCUGUGCAAUGCUUGCGGAAUUAGGAUGCACAGGCGCAGCGCGAGGGAGAGCGGCGGAAAGCCAGAGAAAAAGGUGGUCACAAAGCGCAAACUGAGCGAUGCCCAGCCCUUCUUCAUCUUCCCCUCGCGUGGCACCGCCAGCGAGCCACAGCAAAUCCAAGGCCCAAAGCAGGUCUUUGGGGCGCACCCGGUCUCGGCUGCGCCCACGUUGCACAACCGCCUGCCCGCCCCGAUAGUCUUGUCAUGCGCUUCGGCGGACGCGAAGAGGCUUCGCGUCAGAAACGGGGCUGUCCCGGUGGCUGCCAGGUCCGCCGACGGCGGGGAGGCGCGUGUGGGAGAGAAUGCCAGAACGGCAGAGUCCGGAUGGGUCCUGCGCGAAGAAGGGAAGCCCGUGCAGGAAGAGGCCUUCGGGGGAUGGCUGCCGGGCUUGGAGAUGUCGGCAGAGGCUGAGCGGCGCCCAAAGCGGCAG